AUGACUUCGCCUGAGCCGAAAGUCGAGCAGCUUACUGUUGAUGCCGACGACGACGACGACCAUAAUAGGAACGAUGACAAAAAGGAGAAGCGUACAAGUCGCGCCUGUCUAACAUGUCGCAAGCGCAAAUCUGCCUGUAAUCUACCGGUUGUCGAUGGUGUCGUGACUACACCAUGCGCAAGAUGCAAAAGCACUGGUCUGGAGUGUGUAAUCGGCUCUAGCAAUCGUGGCGGGAGACGAGAACGCAAACGACCGGUCGAGAGCUCUUCAGAAGUCGACAUCACUGACCGACGGCCUUCCCAAACACCACGUCUCGACGCCUGCAACAGCGAUGCCUCCUUCAUCAACGAGGUCGUGGACGCCGCUCAAGCCUUUCCCAUGAUGCCACUCAUGCCUACGAUGAACCCAUCUCCUGGAACAUCUAUGUACCUGGAUCCAGCCCUCCGACCAGAUUCCGUGGCUAUGUACUCCGGCACUGGUGCAACACGAGAGUCAUCGACCGGGUCUGGCAUCCACUUCAACGAGCUGCAGAACCCUAGUGAUGCCCUUGGCAUUCUAGCCCAGAUCGCCAGCGACGGAGACGCAGCAUACUCGGGGCAUAGCCAUCGACAACCCUUUACGCACGACACCCUCGAAUACCCGCUGGUCAGGAACGGACGGCUCAGUUUGACCAAGAUUUUCCAUCUUCUCGAGAGAUACAAGCAUUAUUACCAUCCGUACUUCCCGAUUGUGCCUCUUUCUACACUAAUACCCGCGAACUUGCCCAAAACAGCUCGCGAGGAGAAGCAUCUUCUCACUGCAAUCUUGGUCAUCGCGUCUCGAGAUCUGACCGAUGAGCCGCACAUCUUCGCUUCCUGUGCCGAGCAUAUGCGUUCGCUCGUCUCGGCACUGGCGGCUGGUGGACCUGGCAAUGUGGAGACUGUGGAAGCCUUGCUAUUGCUUGCAGAGUGGACACCAUACACAUCACGUAGUGACGCCGGUCAUGUUGGUAGAGGCGAGGAAGAUCGUGAGGCGUGGAUGCAUGUGGGUACUGCCUUACGCAUUGGCUAUUAUCUUGGCCUCGACAGAUAUUCGUUCGCUGUGCGAGGGGAUGAUGUGAAAGACCCGCAGUGGCAGCGGAAACGUCUCGUGUGGACUGCUUGCUACAUCAGCGACCGACAGAUCAGCAUUAGGCUCGGCCGGGCAUUCUGGUCAAGAGGUCCUGGACCACUCACUACAUUAAGGAAGGAAGACUUCCCAAUGCUUCAAGCAAAAGCACAAGGAGAGGAAGACUUCGCAAGUAUAUUUCAAGCGACACUCGAGCUCACCUUGCUGUUCUCGAACGUUCAUGAUGUGCUCUACUCGAAUCCUGGAAACAGUAUGCGCAGCCAUCUAAGUGGCGGCUACAUCAAGUACAUCGACGACUUCCGCUCAGCAAUAUAUGGCUGGAAAUCUGUCUGGGGCACUUUGACAUGCUCACCAAACCUCAAAGCCACUCUCCUUAUGAGCUACGACUAUCUCAGACUAUACACAAACGCCUUCGCCUUCCACGCCACAGUCAAGCGAGCAUCGACACAAGAGCAAAGCAGUGAUUCUCAAAGCAAGAAGCGUGGCCCAUCUGUUCAACGAGUGUUCUACAACAAUGUUGGCGCAGUAGGAGAUGCGCGCUUCAUCUACGAAGGCCUUGAUGCUGCGAAAAGUCUCCUAAGCAUGUGCAACACUUUCGUCGACCCAGAGAAAGCUCUACGAUACAUGCCAUUACGCUUCUAUCUCUACUGCGUUUAUAGCGCCGUAUUCCUCUACCGAGCGCGAUGCGCUGGCGUGCUCUCAGCAGACGAAGAACAGUCCGUCCGUCAAAUGGUUCAAGAAACAGUGACUCGCCUCGAGCGCUCCGGCAUCGCAGGCUCCCAGCAUCCAGGCAGCAGGUACUCCCAGCUCCUACGCCUGCUGUGGGAUAAAGUAGACCGGAGAGAACAUAAGCGCCAUCAGAGCACCGCCACUCUCACGAACCCAUACAGACCAGGCAGUGGAGUAGCAGGUGGCACACCGGGCUCCAACCCUAGUGUGACUAUGCAAGAAUCUCCCGCUAUGACGGAGAUGGUGGGAGACUUCUCGUGGACAGAUCUCGAUGCUAUAGGGAACUUUGCUGUCAAUGGGAACGCGGGCCUUAGUAACGUGGGUAAUGAUCUGGAGUGGUGGUCUGGUUUCUUGCCUACAGAUGGCAGUAACUUUAUGAUGGACACCUUUUCGGGAAUGGACGACUGGGAUCUGGGACUUGGUGCUUGA